GCAGGAGCACGGUGCAGAGCUGCAGCGGUCAUGGGGGACACCUUCAUCCGGCACAUCGAGCUGCUGGGCUACGAGAAGAGGUUUUUCCCCAGCCAGCACUACGUCUACAUGUUCCUGGUGAAGUGGAACGACCUCACCGAAAAGCUCAUCUACCGCCGGUUUACCGAGAUUUACGAGUUCCAUAAAGCGCUGAAGGAAAUGUUCCCCAUCGAAUCCGGCGACAUCAACGCGGAGAACCGGAUCAUCCCCCACUUGCCAGCCCCGAAGUGGUUCGACGGCCAGCGGUCGACCCAGAGCCGGCAGGGCACGCUGGCCGAGUACUGCUACGCGCUGGUGAACCUGCCCCAGAAGAUCUCCCGCUGCCUGCACGUGGUCAACUUCUUCAAGGUGCGGCCCGACGACAUGAACCCUGUCACCGACAGCCAGAUCAAGAAGCCCGAGGUGUUCCUCCUGCCAAAGGACGCCAAGAAAAAUGCCAGUGACAUCACGGGCCCCAUCAUCCUGCAGACGUACCGAGCCAUCGCUGACUACGAGAAGAGCUCCAAGUCCGAGAUGGCUCUCAAAGCUGGGGACAUGGUGGACAUCGUGGAGAAGAGCGAGAGCGGCUGGUGGUUUUGCCAGUUGAAGAAUAAACGGGGCUGGGUGCCAGCUGCCUAUCUGGAGCCGAUGGAUGGUCCUGAUGAAUCUGAAGAGCAGGAGCCCAACUAUGCAGGUGAGCGGUAUGUGGUCCAGAAAAGCUACACAGCCGUGGAGGAGGACGAGCUGACGCUGACGGAGGGCGACACCAUCGAAGUCAUCCACAAGCUGCUCGAUGGCUGGUGGGUCGUCAGGAAGGAUGAAAGCACGGGCUAUUACCCCUCCAUGUACCUGCAGAGAUCAGGGGAGCUGAACACCCCCGAGAAGAGCCAGCUGAGGAACCGGAGCGUUCCCCCCCGCAGAUCCACCAUCCGCAAUGCUAAGAGCAUCCACAAGCAGAGCCGGAAGCAGAUCAGCCAGGAGACCUACAGGAGGAAUAGCAGGAAGUACAUCCAGAGCCGGAGGAACAUGAAGGCCAAUUUGCAGAACAAGGCCAACAUAAUCUCUGAGAAAAAUGAGCAAGAGGAGAACAAGUCCAAGGCUCAACCUGCUGUUCCUCCCCGGCCCAGCAAAGACCUCAUCAUGAACCGCUGUACAGAGAGCACCAGGAGAAAGAUCAUGUGAGGCCCUCAAUCCCCCAGACCAAGUGAGCAGAUGCUUUAUCUCCACCAGCUCCUAUGCAAUGGGGACACAGAGACAGACUGUGGGAUCUGCGUGGCUCUCACAACAGCUGAGAGCCUCGAGAGACGCAGCCCGGGGCUCCAUGUUAAUUCCAUGGCACAGCAAGUCCAAGAUGUGCUGGUGAAGUCUUGAGGAGUGAUGUGAGCACCUUCCAUCAGCAUCUUUUAGGUCUGAGCAUUCCCAUUUAGCAGGCCUGCUGAAGAUUCCUCAUCACUAGGUCCCAUUUUGUUCCAUAUUUGUAUUCUGAAUGAUUUUAUAUUUUUUUAUCAAUAACCGGCAUUGUGUAUAGUGUGUUUUGGGCUCUUCAAUUAUUGUGGGAAAACCUUAAUAUGUAAACAAUGUGUACAAAGACCAGUGUAGCACAAAGAGUCACUUUAUAUAUGUAUUUCAAGGCUUUCAAUCUGUCUGCACGGCUGAUAAAUAAACUCAUCAGAAGGAA